AUGCCAUCCCACAUAAGAACCUAUGACGGAACUAAAGAUCCUGAAGACCACCUCCAAAUCUUUACCAGGGCAGCGAGAAUCGAAAAAUGGUCUAAUGCCAAAUGCUGUCUCAUGUUCAUGCAAACCCUUGUAUGGUAUGCCCGGAUAUGGUUCAAUGACCUCCCCGAAAGAAGCAUUCGAACCUUUGACGACCUGAGCAAAGGUUUCCUGGCCAACUUUUCACAGCAACGGAGGUAUGUCAAAGAUGCUACAGUGAUUUUUCAAAUCAAGCAACAAGACGAUGAAAGCCUUAGAGAUUUAUUCGAAAGAUACAAGAAGGAAGGGUUAACCUAUGUGGGUGCUGAUGAAAAAAUAAGGGUGGCAGGUUUCAUGAAUGUCAUCAUCUCCAAGUACCUUAUUAGGGACUUCAAUAAGUGCCUACCUAAAACCCUUGAGGAGGUCCUCGAAAGGGCUGAAGCUCACAUUCAUGGGGAGGAAGAUGUUGACAUCAAAGAGCAAAGGAAAAGGGGUCCUAGUUGGAGAAGCAACAGUCUCAACAGGAAAAGGAGUAACUAUGGUUCCUAUGACAAACGCUCUAGAAGUUCAUAUCCAAGAAGAUCUGAAGGCGGGAACCUUCCAAGCCGGGAAAAGACUGUGAGCUUCACAGCCUUAACUAAGACCCCACAAGAGAUCCUAGCCGCUGAAGAGGUAAAACAUGGCUUCCGACCUCCUCGACCCUUACCAAAAAGCAAGAGAAAUGAAAACUCAACUCAAUAUUGUGAGUUCCACGAAGAAAAAGGCCACCAUACCAAUGAUUGCUUCCAGCUAAGAAAAGAAUCAAAGAAGUUGUUAAGUCCGGAGAACUUGCCCAUUUGGUCAAAUGUGUAA